UCACGGUAGUAUACAUAAAUUGCACUAUCUGUAGAGCCCUUCAUUGUCAAUGUCAUUUCACAUUUGAAUUUGACAUUGACGUUUCUUUUAGCAUCGCUUUUGACUCGCCACUCCCGCUCGUGCUUGUUAUUUGUUACGCUUCCUAUUUCUCAAAUAACUAAGUCAAUGAAGUCACAUUAUUAAGUAAACUUAUUUCAUCACCUUUGUACACCGUGUGGUCGCAUUAUCGUGCUCCAACUACACAGAACUAGUGUUUGGAGUCCUACGGUGCUGUAAUGGAGACACGCGUGACUGUGUCUGUGGAACUUGUUCGUGUGAAAGAGGAACCUGUGUGGGGGCAGGAAGAGGACGAGGUGCAGACGCCGGACAUUUUAACGGAAUAUGAUUACGAGAAGCCAGUGUGUAUAAAGGAAGAGCCCUUCUCGGACAAUGAUGGCUCGUGCAGUGAAAGCACAGAACUCUGUGCUGACCGGAAAGUAGAGGAUCAACUUGUGUUGGGACCUGUGGUAUUGCAACAGCGAGAAGUACUUAGUAGUGAAAAGCCAGUGUGUGUGAAAAAAGAAGCCUCAUUGGACGACACAUCGUGUGACGUGAGUGGGUCCGGCCGGCAACGGUCGUGUGGCAAUAGUGGUGCUGACCACCAAGUGACGACUAGCGAGGGUGGUGCUGGCCAGCAAGUGACGACGACUAGCGAGGGUGGUGCUGGCCAGCAAGUGACGACGACUAGCGAGGGUGGUGCUGGUCAGCAAGUGACGACGACUAGCGAGGGUGGUACUGGCCAGCAAGUAACGACGACUAGCGAGGGUGGUGCUGGCCAGCAAAUGACGACGACUAGCGAGGGUGAUGCUGGCCAGCAAGUGACAACUAGCGAGGGUGGUACUGGCCAGCAAGUAACGACGACUAGCGAGGGUGGUGCUGGCCAGCAAGUGACGACGACUAGCGAGGGUGAUGCUGGCCAGCAAGUGACAACUAGCGAGGGUGGUGCUAGCCAGCAAGUGACUCGACUGGUGUUGAAUCCGGUGCUGAUGUUACAGCCGGACAUUUUCUACAUACUCAACGCUUCAAAUCAGGCGCUGCUGAAGCCUCCGGUUCCGCGUCCCCUCAAGCGGCAGCCAGAAAAACCAUUCUCCUGCGACAUGUGCAGCAAAAAGUUCAAAUAUGCCAGCCAUAUGGCUAGACACCAAUCGAUGCACGAAGAUAACAUGUCAGCUAGACUAGUUGAAAAAAGGCCAUUUUUUUGUGUAAUUUUCAGGGAUCGGAAACCGGUAUUUUUUGUAUGGGAACGAAAACGGUAUUUUUUCGUUCUUUGCUAAUUAUUUCAUUUCCAAUUGGGCAAUCUAAUAAUGCGAUGUCGUUACCCAAA